CUGAAGUGUCACUGAGGAAGCAGCACCCUUCGAGCUAACGCUAUUACAUUAAUUUACAUUAAUUUCUUCUAAUCUCUAUACUUUAAAAUUAUUUACCUUACGUUAUACAAAUAUAACUGACACCACGUUAAAUAAAACAAUCGUAACGUUGCGCUGUCGCAAAUUUGAUCUGUAUUCUGUUUUGUUUUUUACAAAACAUCCGCGACUAGCUUGUAGCCUGUAGCCUGCUAGCAUCACCUACCGCUAGCCUUGUUUACGUUUCACAUUUCUCACUUACCGCUGUUCUGUUUUUAAAAAACAAACAAACAAACAAACAAACAAAUAUGUCUGCUGUCUCUCCGGUUUUGAGUGCAGAUGAAGACUCGCUUGAGCUUCACAUGGUGCGGCUGGAACUGGAGGAUGUGGAGAAGCAGAUCCGUGGCCUACUCGACAAGCAGGCCCAGCUGCUGGAGCGACAAACUGCGCUGGAAACAUCUUGUGCCUCUGCUCACAUAUCCAAGGUAAGCACACAGCGUGGUAUUUCCACUCCCAGCCCCUCUACGCCGUGUGUUUCUCUGUGCAGGGACCGUGCACCUAGGACUUUCCCAGCCGUGGUCUCCGUCACGCCAGCGCCAACACACCUCGGGCCUUGGGUGAACCAGCGGCGAAAGGCGCGGGCUGGACCUUCUCCACCUCCGGUGUUCGAGAUUCCAACCAGGAACCGCUUCGCCCCUCUCCGCCAGACCAGACCCAACACUGUGAUCGUCGGGGACUCCAUUGUGCGGAACGUCCGUGUAGCCUCAUCUAAAGGUAAGGUGCGCACACACUGUUUUUCUGGUGCUUGUGUCCUUGAUGUCGCUGCGCAGGUAUCCGGGAUCCUGAAGAAGGACGAGCGCAUUGGAGCGGUUGUGCUGCACGCGGGGACGAACGACACCAGGCUGCGGCAGACGGAGGUUCUGAAGAGGGACUUCUCCAGCCUGAUCGAGACGGUACGAGGCAGAUCACCUACCGCGAAGAUCAUCGUCUCUGGACCUCUUCCCACAUACAGACGUGGAGCAGAAAAGUUCAGUAGACUUCUAGCAUUAAAUGAUUGGUUAGUCUCUUGGUGUAAUGAGCAGAAUCUGGUGUUUGUCAAUAACUGGAAUCUGUUCUGGGAGCGUCCUAGGUUGUUUCGUCCUGAUGGCCUGCACCCCAGCAGCCUUUGAGCGGAACUGCUUUCAGACAACAUUUCCAAGGCGCUACACUCCAAGUGACUGCCUACCACUGCUGGGACUACGGCUGCUCUUAACGCCAUACAGACUUCAUAUAAAUCCAUAAUGAACUUUUUCACAAUAUCUGUUGUUACCCAGAUGAGGAUGGGUUCCCUUCUGAGUCGGGUUCCUCUCAAGGUUUCUUCCUCUUAAAACAUCUUAGGGAGUUUUUCCUUGCCACCGUCACCACUCAGUGGCUUGCUCAGUUGGGAUAAAUUCACACCUUUAAUAUCUGUAUACCGUGUUGAUAUUUCUGUAAAGCUGCUUUGAGACAAUGUCUAUUGUAAAAAGCGCUAUACAAAUAAAAUUGAAUUGAAUUGAACUGAAUAUGGAGCCUGUAACCGAUGUAAAGAGGAAAACUCUUCUGGCAUACAGUAUUCUGCAGCAGUAUACAGGCAGCUGCCGAUACCGGGGAUGUAAGAGCGAUGUAUGAAGGCAUCAAGAAAGCGACUGGACCCUCUAUUAUCAAGACUGCCCCACUCAAGUCCAAGACAGGAGAAGUCAUCACGGAUCAGGGGAAGCAACUGCAACGGUGGGUUGAGCAUUACCUUGAGUUGUACUCAACCCAGAACGUUGUUACAAAGACUGCUCUGGAUGCCAUCCCAGACCUACCGCCCAUGGAGGAGCUAGACACAACGCCAACCACGGAACAGCUCAGAACAGCCAUCGACCACCUCGCCUGUGGUAAGGCUCCAGGGAGCGAUGGUAUCCCGUCAGAAAUCUUGAAAAGUGGGAAACCUGUACUACUCCAGCCCCUGCACGAACUUUGAUGCUUGUGUUAGGAACAGGGAUAUAUCCCACAUGACAUGCGAGAUGCAAACAUCAUCACGGUAUAUAAAAACAAAGGGGACCGUAGUGAUUGCAACAGCUAUCAGGGCAUCUCCCUACUGAGCGUCAUUGGAAAGAUAUUUGCUCAGGUUCUCCUGACACGUCUGCAGAUCCUAGCCUCUCAAGUCUACCCAGAGUCUCAGUGUGGCUUCCAAGCUGGCCAGUCAACCGUAGACAUGAUAUUCUCACUACGCUAGCUUCAGGAGAAAUGUCAAGAGCAGCAGAUUCCCCUAUUUAUCGCCUUCAUUGAUUUUACCAAGGCGUUUGACCGGGUUAGCCGGAGUGGACUUUUCAAACUACUGAAGAAGAUUGGAUGUCCACCACAACUUCUGGCAGUCAUCACCAAAUUCCACGAGGAUAUGCACAGCACAGUCUGCUUCAACAGUGUAACGUCUGACGCUUUUCCAGUUAGCAGCGGAGUGAAACAAGUUUGUGCAUUUGCGCCCACACUUUUUCCAUGCUCCUCCAAUAUGCCUUCAGAGACUGCAGUGAGGGACUCUACAUACACACCAGGUCUGACGGCAAGCUCUUCAACAUCUCCCGCCUUCGUGCCAAGACCAAAGUCGUUGCAUUACUCCUACGCGAGAUGCUUUUCGCCAACGAUGCAGCCCUGAUCUCACAUAUAGAGGAAGGUUUACAUCAGCUUGUCAGUCACCUCUCCCACGCCUGCAUGGAGUUUGGGCUGACCAUUAUCCUCAAGAGGACCAACGACAUGGCUCAGGGCACAGACCAUCCUCCCAGCAUUGCCAUAGAUGGAUGCAACCUGGAGGUUGUGGAGCGCUUCACCUACCGACUAUAUCCUUUUCAUUCUCCACCAAUGCAGAGGUAAACUGUGGGAUUGCCAAGGCUUCAGGUGUUAUGGCCAGACUAAAUCACAGGGUGUGGCAAAACUCCAACCUUACUGUGAAAACCAAGCUGCGUGUCUACCAGGCCUGUGUUUUAAGCACACUCCUCUACAGUAGUGAGAAUUGGACAACCUACACUAGGCAUGAGAGGAAGCUCAACAGCUUUCAGCUGAGGUGCCUGCGACGCAUCCUCCAUGUACAGUGGCAGGACAGGGUACCUGAUACAGAAGUUCUGGAACACGCCAACACGAGCAGCAUGUUAGCCAUCCUCUGUGAGAAGCAUCUCAGUUGGCUUGGUCACGUUAGAAGAAUGGAUCCAGGUCGCAUUCCCAAAGAUCUUCUGUAUGGUGAGUUGGCUGAGGGUUCACGGCUAACUGGACACCCCCAACUGCGAUUCAAAGAUGUCUGCAAGAAGGACGCUGAAAACCGUACAGCCUGGCAUUUUGCCAACUGAGAAGGACAAGUUUAAGCACCUUGCUGACAAGAGAGACAGGAGGAAGGCGCGGCAAUUUCAGCGACAGCGUGCGACUCAAUUUGUCUGCGGCAACUGCAACCGGGACUGCCACUCACAGGCUGGCUUGUACAGCCACUCGAGAAGGUUCAAAUAAAUUCACCUGAAACGGAUGCUACACCAUCGUCUCCCGAAGACGGAAGGAUACCAAGGAUAUACCUCCCCCAUCCAAUCUAAUGAUUCCUUACACAAUUUUUUGGUAAAUUCGCUGAAUGGCAGUGAUAACACAGCGUAAUCACUGGUGAUUUUAACUGUAUUCUUUCACCUGAAACUAUUUGAGCAUGUAGUAUUAGCACAUUUAUAGAAGGGGUGUGUUUAUUCAUAAUCACAAUAUCCGGUGUCACCCAGAUGAGGACGGGUUACCUUUUGAGUUUGGUUCCUCUCAAGGUUUCUUCCUCAUAUCGUCUCAGGGAGUUUUUCCUCACCACCGUCACCUCUGGCUGCUCAUUAGUGAUAAAUUCAUACAUUUAAAAUCUAUAUCCUGAAUUUAUAUAAUUCUGUAAUGCUGCUCUGGGACAAUGUCCACUGUUAAACACGCUAUACACAUAAAACUGAACUGAAUUACAUAACAACUGGUUUUGAGAAGACAUCCACAAAUUCAUGAAGAAAAUAAUUAUUGGAAACAACUGGGUCGACUUGUUUUUUGUGAUUAAGUUAUUUUAGUAUAAAUUCAAAUACAUUGACUGCAUGUCCAGGUUUUUGUGUGACACCUAAAAUAUCAUGAUAAGCAACUGCAACUCCUCUUCAUUGAGUUAGACAGGGGUGACAUCUUCCAUAGCUCAGUGAUCAGAUCUAGAUGUUUCUCUUUUCCUAACAGAAGGUAUAGAAUUGCCUUCCUCACAGCUGGAAAAGGAUCAAAUUCCUUAUACACAAACUUCUGUUCUGUCAGCGGUCCUUUUGUGUAUUUUGUACUCUGAUUGGAUGAUAUGUAUUUACUCUAUCUAUUUUUAGUUUCUCACUACUUCUACCAUAUCACUUGCACUUUUAUUUCCAAACACUCACAGAUAAUAAACAAAUAUUUGUGCA